CUCCAGCUGAUCCAGUUGUCCCCUCUUCUCCUCCAGCUGAUCCAGUUGUCUCCUCUUCCCCUCCAGCUGAUCCAGUUGUCUCCUCUUCCCCUCCAGCUGAUCCAGUUGUCUCCUCUUCCCCUCCAGCUGAUCCAGUUGUCUCCUCUUCCCCUCCAGCAGAUCCAGUUGUCUCCUCUUCCUCCUCCAGCUGAUCCACUUGUCCCCUCUUCCCCUACAGCUGAUCCAGUUGUCUCCUCUUCUCCUCCAGCUGAUCCAGUUGUCUCCUCUUCUCCUCCAGCUGAUCCAGUUGUUUCCUCUUCCCCUGAAUGACCCCCAAGGAUGGAGAAGGACAGGAAUGAGAUGACUAAGAGAAUAUUACACUUCACCUUGGAGAUCCUCCACCUGCUGACCGGAGAGGAUUACACCAUAGUGAAGAAGACAUCGGGGGAGUGUGUGGCCCCCAGCAGCCAUCUCCAUGAAUCAGGAGGACAAUGCAGGGCCCGGGGCCCCAUCACGGAGCCUCCACCUCACUCACUGAUACAUGAGGAGAAGAUCCUAGAACUCAUACACAGGAUCACUGAGCUGCUUACUAGAGAGGUUCCUAUAAGGUGUCAGGAUGUGGCGGUCUAUUUCUCCAUGGAGGAGUGGGAGUAUGUAGAAGGACACAAGGAUCUGUACCAGGACAUAGUCAUGAUGGAGGAUCACCGGCCCCUCACAUCACAAGGUGGAGUCAUUGAUAGAAAUAUUCCCGAGAGGUGUCCCCGCCCUCUGUAUUCCCAGGACUGUUCAGAGGGAAAUGUCCCAGAGAACCAUCAGGGUGAAGAUCUGAUGGAUAUUAAAGUUAAGGUUAUAGAUGAAGAAGAGGAAGAGACGGGUGUCAUGGCCGAUCAGCAGUAUGGAGUCAUGGAUAGAAAUCCACCCGAGAGGUGUCCCCGCCCUCUGUAUUCCCAGGACUUUCCAGAGGGAAAUGUCCCAGAGAAGCAUCAGGGGGGAGAUCUGACUAAUAAUAAAGUGGAGGAUGAAGAAGAGAGGAUGAGGGGCCAUCACCCGUGUAUGAGGGAAGUGAAGGAGGAAAUUCCAGGAGGUGUUACCCCAGAAAAUCCCAGUAAAAAUCUUAUGUUAUGGCUAAAUUAUAACGUAGAAGAUGAAGAUAUUAUAGAGCACUCUAGAGAAAACGCCAUCACCCUCAAUGUCCAUCCAGGACUCUACAAGACAGAUCUGUCGUAUAAUCCUCCUGACCCACCACAGAGUUCUACCACAAGGACAGAUCUAUCAUAUAAUCCUUACCCACCACAGAGUGCUACCACAAGGACAGAUCUUUCAUAUAAUCCUUACCCACCACAGAGUGCUACCACAAGGACAGAUCUAUCAUAUAAUCCUUAUCCACCACAGAGUGCUACCACAAGGACAGAUCUGUCAUAUAAUAAUCCUGGCCGACCACAGAGUGCUACCACAAGGACCGAUCUACCAUAUAAUAAUCCUUACCCACCACAGAGUGCUACCACAAGGACCGAUCUAUCAUAUAAUCCUCCUGACCAACCACAGGGUGCUACCACAAGCACAGAUCUAUCAUAUAAUCCUUACCCACCACAGAGUGCUACCACAAGGACCGAUCUACCAUAUAACAAUCCUUACCCACCACAGAGUGCUACCACAAGGACAGAUCUACCAUAUAACAAUCCUUACCCACCACAGAGUGCUACCACAAGGACAGAUCCGUCAUAUAAUCCUCCUGACCAACCACAGGGUGCUACCACAAGCACAGAUCUAUCAUAUAAUCCUUACCCACCACAGAGUGCUACCACAAGGACCGAUCUACCAUAUAACAAUCCUUACCCACCACAGAGUGCUACCACAAGGACCGAUCUACCAUAUAACAAUCCUUACCCACCACAGAGUGCUAUCACAAGGACAGAUCUGUCAUAUAAUAAUCCUGACCGACCACAGAGUGCUACCACAAGGACAGAUCUGUCAUAUAAUAAUCCUGACCGACCACAGAGUGCUACCACAAGCACAGAUCUAUCAUAUAAUCCUUACCCACCACAGAGUGCUAGCACAAGGACCGAUCUACCAUAUAAUAAUCCUUACCCACCACAGAGUGCUAUCACAAGGACAGAUCUGUCAUAUAAUCCUCCUGACCGACCACAGAGUGCUACCACAUGGACAGAUCAGAAAAGGAUUCAAUGUGAUGAAUGUGGAAAAGAGUUUACUAGAAGGUCAAGUCUUUUCAUACACAAACGAAUUCACACAGGAGAGAAGCCCUAUUCAUGCUUAGUAUGUGGAAAAUGCUUUAUUACUAAAGGCAAACUAGGCAAUCAUCAGAGAAUUCACACAGGGGAGAAGCCAUAUUCAUGUUCAAUAUGUGGGAAAAGUUUUACAAAUAGAUCAGAUCACGUUAGACAUGAGAGAGUUCACACAGGAGAGAAGCCGUAUUCAUGUUCAGAAUGUGGAAAAUGUUUUAUUACUAAAGACAAACUCAAGGUUCAUCAGAGAAGUCAUCCAGUAGAGAAACCAUUUACAGGUUCAGAAUAUUCUACAGAAAACUCAAGUCUUGUUUUACAUGGAAGACUUCACAUGACUGAGAAGCCAUAUUCAUGUUCAGACUGUGGAAAAUGUUUUUCCAAAAAAUCUAAUCUUCUCAGACAUGGCAAAAGUCACACAGAAGAGACAUUUGCAUGUGCUGAAUGUGGAAAAUGUUUUAAAGAUAACUCAAAUCUUCUUAGACAUGAAAGAAGUCACACAGGGGAAAAUCUGUUUUCAUGUUCAGAAUGUGGGAAAUAUUUUACAGAUAAAGCGCAUCUUGCUAGACAUGAGAGAAGUCACACAGGGGAGAAACCGUUUCCAUGUUCAGAAUGUGGGAAAUGUUUUGUUACUAAAGACAAACUUGAAGUUCAUGAGAAAAUUCACACAGGAGAGAAGCCAUUUGCAUGUUCAGAAUGUGGGAAAUGUUUUAUUACUAAGGACAAACUUGAGGCUCAUGAGAGAAUUCACACAGGAGAAAGACCGUAUUCAUGUUCAGUAUGUGGGAAAUGUUUUACUAAAAAAUCUAAUCUUGUUGCACACGAGAGACGUCACACCCCAAAAAAGAUGCUUUGAUGUUCAGAAUGUGGGAGAUGUUUUAUUACUGAAGCCAAACAUACAUACUCUGAGAAGGCACAUGUUACAAAGAAAUUAUAUUUUAAAACUCGUGAGAGAAUUCACAGAGAAUAAAUUAUUCUUGUUUAGCCUAUGGAAAAUGAUACAAAAA